CAUUUCUUUAUUAUUCCCUUCUUCUUCUUUCUCUUUCUCUUUUCUUCCGCAAAUCUCCGCAAAAUCUUCCCUCAAACUCAGAUCCGAUUCUUCUAAUUCUUUGUCCCCCCAGAGAUUCUUCUUCUUUCUCCAAGUAAAAGAAAACAACUUUCUUUCUCUUUUCUUGCGAAAGUCCUCAACUUUCACCACUAAAUCAGCUUCCUUCAAUCACUGUGUUUGCUUUGGACCCAGUUUCUGAUUUAGCGACUAGGGUUUUGAUUGGAACCGUAUUAAGUAUAUGAGAAUCGGGUUUUACUGGUGAAUCGGAUUAUCAUCGGAAUUCGGAAAAAGAUGGAUCGGAAUCAAAAGAUGGAUCACGUUAUCGGCGGGAAGUUUAAGUUGGGUAGGAAGCUUGGAAGUGGAUCAUUCGGUGAACUUUAUUUAGGGAUCAAUAUUCAAACUGGAGAAGAAGUCGCAGUUAAGCUGGAACCUGUGAAGACGAGGCAUCCUCAACUGCAGUAUGAAUCGAAAAUAUAUAUGUUUCUUCAAGGAGGAACGGGUGUUCCCCAUCUGAAAUGGUUUGGAGUUGAGGGUGAAUACAGUUGCAUGGUUAUCGAUCUUCUUGGGCCAAGCUUGGAGGACUUAUUCAAUUACUGCAAGCGAAUAUUUUCAUUAAAAUCUGUUUUAAUGCUUGCAGAUCAAUUGAUAUGUAGAGUUGAGUAUAUGCAUUCGCGGGGUUUUCUUCACCGCGAUAUUAAACCAGACAACUUUUUGAUGGGUCUUGGGCGCAGAGCAAACCAGGUGUAUAUCAUUGAUUAUGGCCUUGCUAAAAAAUACAAGGAUCUUCAGACACAAAAGCAUAUACCAUACAGGGAAAACAAGAAUCUUACAGGAACUGCUCGGUAUGCAAGUGUGAACACACACCUUGGGAUUGAGCAAAGUAGAAGAGAUGAUCUGGAGUCACUUGGUUAUGUGUUGAUGUAUUUUCUACGAGGAAGUCUUCCGUGGCAAGGUUUAAAAGCUGGUACGAAGAAGCAGAAAUAUGACAAGAUUAGUGAAAAGAAGAUGCUUACUUCUGUAGAGACUCUUUGCAAGUCGUAUCCAUCAGAGUUCACAUCGUACUUCCAUUACUGUCGUUCAUUGAGAUUUGAGGACAAACCGGAUUAUUCAUAUCUGAGAAGACUUUUUAGGGAUCUUUUCAUUCGUGAAGGUUAUCAGCUUGAUUAUGUGUUUGAUUGGACAAUCUCGAAGUAUCCUCAGAUUGGCUCUAGUUCGAGACCAAGGCCAACUCCAAGACCAGCGUUGGACCCUCCAGGACCACCUGCAGAAAGAGCUGAAAAGCCUACAGGUACAUUGAUGUUCUCUGUCUCUUAUAUUGGAGGGACGAAUACAAAGAGAUAUAUCAAAAAGUUUAUUUUAAGUUGUAAAUUUAUGAGACAGUGUUGACAAUUUUGGGUGCUGAAAAACGUGCACUAUCUCACUUGACCCUUCAGAUAUUAACAUUCAUAUGUUGUUUCCCUUAGAAGAUUUUGAAUUUGUGUCCAGAGAUUUAAUUAAAUUGUUGAAUAGUGGAAGAUCUCAAACUGAGAACUUCUUUCCCUAUUCUGUUUAGUCGGACAGGACCUGCGAGGAAGAUUUACAGGUGCAAUUGAGGCAUUCACCAGACGAAAUGUUUCAAGCCAAGGCGCUCUUGGUGAUCGCUCUAGACACAGAUCUUCUGAUGAUAUACCCUCUUCUGCCAAGGAAGUGCACGAGUCUCGAAAUGGAAGUACCUCAAAGAGAGGUGUGAUAUCAAGCACCAGACCUGGCUCAUCAGCUGAACCAAGCGAGAACCACUCAAGCCGACUAUUUUCAAGUGGUUCACGUCAUGCCACAACCCAACGGGUUCCACAGAGCUAUGAAUCUGCAGCUGCAGCAAGGCCUGGGCAUGAGGAUGCCAUUAGAAACUUCGAGCUCCUUACCAUCGGCUCUGGAAAGAAGAGGAAAUGAAGAUAGGGAAGGAGAAGUUUGAUGAGAGUGAAAAGACAACAUUCGGUGCUGAUGGCUCUCUCCUCUGAAAAUAGGAAAGACAUGUCCUCGAAUUGUUUUUUAACCUUGGGAACAAGAUGAGAAAGUGAGAGAGAGAAAGAGAGUUAAUGUAAUCUGCCUCUCCCAAUCUCUCAGUCUCUGUUUUUAAAAGAAUCUGUUAAUAAAGCUUUAAAGUGUAACUUGUCUCAUGUGUACUUCAAUUUUCUCCUCUUUCUGUUCUCUAAAACUUCGAUGUGGAAGUAAAAUAUGAAAACCUAUCUCAUCUAGUCAUCUUCUCCAACCUUUUAAACUGUAUAUCGAAAACCAACGUGCCUAGUCAGUCAUAUUAUGGUC